AUGCGGGCAACGAAUUGUUUGCUGUUGAUACUGUCAACGCUGUCCCACCUCGCCUUGUCAGCUGUUGUCGAUGAAGACGGUCUAAUUGCCAUCCUUUAUGAGAUCUACCGCGAGGACACAUUUCCAGCCUUCGAGAAGUACCCCCUGGAAAUAUUCAAUCCGCUGAAGGGUCCGUAUUACCAGAAGUUGGCAAAAUUACACGAUCAGGCAGCAUUGCACAUGGCGGCGAAUGGGUUUCCCUCUGGCUCACUUGAUGGAGAUGUAAUUCCUCUUUACCCAUCACUUGAAAAAGAUAAAAUCUUAAUGUAUGAGGAAGAGUCGUACACAAUUGAAACUAAUCUUCGUGUGGAGCGUAUUAUGGAAGGCCUGCUGCUGACCUAUGUCCAAGACAAUAACACCAAUAUCCUUCUAGAGGACGAAGAACUCUCACUAGAACCCCUUUCCAACACUUCCACCCUGGGUCCAGCUCAGCGCAUCCGUUUUGCCGAGUUCCAACGCCCAAGGUCCCUCUUAGCCUUCUUCAUCGACAUUUACAGGGUUUGUGUCGAGCUGACGGCUUCUUGUGGAUACUCCCGACAACCAGAGAAGUGUUUAACUUUCUUCCAAGGCUACAGUCACCUGCUGGCUACUUAUACGCAAAUUGUCUGCAAGUAUCUCACGGCAGUUGAACACUAUGAUGUGGACCACAUAUGCCCAAAUUUGUGUAUUGCAAGAGUAAAACCUCCAUGGAACCAGUCUGUAAGCGACCAAUUAUUCGACCCCAUCGAUGUUUGUGCACAAAUACCGAAUGCACUGCCUGGGACGUGCAAGCUUGUGGGAAAAGGAAUCUAUGACUUCGAGUUUAGGUGUCAAUGCGUAACUGCGGCCUAUGCAUGGAAGGCCGAGCCCGGCGGAAUGGUAGCUGGCGAAUUUCCCCGAUGUGAACCCCUAUUUCCUUACCUUGAAAAUGCACCACCUGGAACUACGCAUUCCAUUGCCUGUACUGAGGCGGAGAGAGAGUACUUCUGCGAUCCAAUUGGCAGCUCAAAAAAGGCAUAUGAUGUUGGAAACGAGGCAGUUACGAGUAUAUCCCCGUGGCCCAUCUGCGAGUGCAAACGUGGACGUGGUGGAGUCCGUUGUGAUAGGCGGCUCGAUGUGUGUGAAGAUCCCCUCCCCUUAAACACUACAGAGCUACAACAGCUGGAAAGAAGAAUUUCUGACAUGCCUCCUGUGCUGACCGCUAAAUGGUUGUGUGAAGCCUACUUACACCAUUCCAAGUGUGUGCCUGACACGUCAUCCAAGGGGGGUGAAUACUCCUACCGGUGCGAAUGUCGUCGAGGCUCCAGUGCUGAUAAACGGUUUGGAAAGCUUGACAACUGUAGGAUGCAUUCAUUUGUCGAAAAAUCUGCACCCAAACACUCCGGUCGCUGCGCCCCUGGCUACGCUGGCAAUAACUGCGACAUGACAAUCAAUGCCUGGUCGGCAUGGAGUCAGUGGAGCGAGUGCCAGCCCCACUGCGGCUUCCACCGACGUCGCGCAAGGAGACGUCUAUGUCUCGGGGAUUUCGGUUGCUAUGGUAGCACCCAUGCCGCAGAGCAUUGCCCACCAGUUGAAUGUGAUGGUCUGCGCGAUCCCGGGGAUGGUGUCUGGGGCACAAGGAGUGUAGCCAGUUUAAAGGAGUACAAGGAUAAUGGGGGAUUCUUUGUUCCUGCUAUCGGUGAAAUAAUAUUGACAACACUUUUCUGUGUGUUUCUUUGCCAGGCCGCAUUGGUUGCUCUAGGUGUGUGGAUUUUCUGGCGAAGAGAGGGAAAGUUCGACCAAUUGCUAAGGCUCAUUGUGCUGAUUUUGAAUCACAUGCCUAUUUACCAAAGAAAGGCGUCUUUCUCUUUCCAGGCUUAUUGCGUUGCAAUGAAUCGAGAUAUACAGCCAAACAAUAUCAGUGCCCCCAACAUCCUUGGCAAUGGCACUUUCCCGCUUGGAAGACCGCAGCUAAUUCCCCGAGCCAACUUCAUUCCCAAUCCCAACACAAAUCCACCUAGGCUUCCUCCUGGGGUCAUUCCCUACAACAACUUCGUGCUGACAGCAGUCCCACGAACUUCCUUGGGACCGAGGAUUCGAGGUUGCCAGUCCAAGUCUCGCGAGGUCCGGUUCAAGCCGCGACAAAUCAUUUCCGCCAAGGAGUUCGCCUUCUUCGCAAUGUCACUUGUAAAAAGCCCUAUUGCCUGCUCGGCCCUGCAAUUUCUUCAACUCCGGAAAGUUGAUGCAGAAACCGCCAUCUUGAAGACAGUCAACGAGGAGUUAUGCGCCCAAGAUCUCUUGGGCAUCUACUCGGAAUCCCCUUUUUAUCGACCAGUGUUACUGCUCCGCGAAGUCCAGUUCGCGACUCCGACGAAUACAGUGGGUCAGUUCCCCGACCCAGACAAUAUGAUUCGGCAGUUGAAGGAUCUGGCGGAGCAAAAGGUGGCCUCAGUCCCGCUGAUGGGAAUGAUGUCGGGGACCAAACCAACAGCUGCCAGUCUGGGCUUCUGCACUGACUACCUAAUGCACACCUUCAAUGUGGAAUUGGAUUUGAACCUAAUCGCAUUUCUCAAUGAACAGGCGAAGCUGGGAAACUCUGCGAGCGAAAAGUACCGCGUGAUUCUGCGUUUUGGCUGGGCGACCCAAGGACUCUGUGUUCCAACUAACUCUCAGGGGUCAUCCGGCGUUCGCCUAUUGGCUGCUGAGACCCUGCCCCGUUGCCUGCAACUCCGCGUUGCUCGUCGCCAAGUCUCCCUCCCAGAGCCCAUUUUCCACGCCGGACAAGCCGUCAAACUUGGACAUCGUCUGCGUUACUCCGUCGAUAUUACAGACAAGAUCCCAGUGCGUGCCGCCAAUCUUGUUCGUACGCGCAACAUCGAAAUUGAAAUGACAUGGCUCCACGCCCCCCUGGAGGAUCACCCGCAUUGCCUCCUGGAAAGCGUCACCGCCGGCGCCCUAUCUCCCGCCAUGAAUCAUGUAAUCAACAUGCCACUGGUACAGGUAACUCUGGACAGGGUUGAGGCUCUGCCAAAAAUUGUUCGCAACUUCUCCGUGGCAGUGGCCGGACGACCCACGGAUGAAUUGACUGCUCAACCUCAGCAGCCACCUCCAGUGAAUGGAUUUUCGCUGCCUACAUUCACCCCUGAAAGGCUAAUUGGUGUCUAUGAUUUUUGUGCAUCCCCGGAGCGGGUCAUUUCUGUGGAAAAAACACUGGACAUGCUGAAGAAAAAAAUGGCCUCUCAAGAUGAUCUCCUUUGUGAUGAUUGGAUCCCAGUGACUCUUCUCUGCCCUCUUACCUUGACCCGAAUUGAAAUUCCAAUUCGAUCAGUAAAUUGCGAUCACCUUCAGUGCUUUGAUCUCUCCUCUUAUUUGACUAUCAAUAAACGGCGGCCGAGGUGGAAUUGUCCGGUUUGUAGCCUACCGUCGCCUUUUCGAGAUCUGCGACGUGAUGACUUUUUCCUCCAUCUCCUGAAGAACAAGACUCUCGCUGACGCUGAACACGUGAAGGUUGACGCCGAGGGUAAUUGUCGAAAAGUCCUCACCGAUUCCACCGCUUCAGCCACGGGCGGUAAUAGCGACUCAACCCCUCACAAACCUCAACGCAACGGUGAUGGCAAUGGUGACAUCGGAAACAGUGAUAUUCCAUCCUCGAUAAGCCCCUUUAAGACGGAUCCUUGUUCACGGCAGCGGGGUCCACAUCUCCACUCUCCGUCGUCGUCUUCACCAUCACAACGACGGCGCCCCCCCUCGCCUUGCAUUCUCAUCAUUGACGAUUCCGAUUCGGAUGAUAAGGAGGAGGAAAAAGCAGAGAAGGAGAAGGUGAAGGAGGGGAAUACUACUGCCUCACCUAAUUCACUAACCACUCAACAAGCACAAUCCAUGCCGUCAACACUGCCCACGAUUCCAGCUUUUGCUUCUGCUGCUUCACCUAGUACUUCUUCUUUGGUACCACCAACGCCGAUUUUGCCUCAGACUUUUUCUGGCGAUCUUGUUGUGGAUUUAACGGAGCUUUCAGACGACAGUGAUGAUGACCCACCACCCCCAAAAUCAUCCAGACCAACAGCUCCUUUUCCUCCUCCUCCACUUUCUUCGGCUGCUUCCCCCCCUCCUAUUCCAGCUCCUCCGCCUCCUCCUGCUGGUGCUCCUGUUCCUCCUCCUCCUGCUGCUGCUGCUUCUCCUCCCUCACUUCCAACUUCAACAGUGACGGCAACGGUAGCGUCACGUCCUCCGAUUCUAGUCAUUCCAACAGAAACCACAACUUCCAGUGUUCCCACCACCAGCGCCUCACCCAAUGUCACUGUCACUACUGCAGCGACAAUUAGUCACCCGGCUGCUGCUGUAUCCAGUGACCUUCAAACCCGUCUGUUUGCUCCUUUGACAUCUGUGUCCGGGGGCCGAAUUCUCUUCCUUUCCAAUCCGCAACCCAUAUCCACGUCGAAUAUUCCACCUAGUUCAAAUGCCACAAUUGUUUCUCGGAAUGUCGUAACCACGGGAACGACAAUGACAAUACCAUCUGCCGCUGUUACAGUCACCUCCGUCUCGCCUAGUAACGCCACAAAGCGGUCGUUAUCUGUGCCCACCACUACUGCACUAAGCGGUGGCAUCCAGGAAUCCGGCGUAUCUGCUCGUACUGGAAGAUUCAAAAUCACCGCCAAGAGGCGGUGCGUCCUCUCCUCGUCAGCAUCGAAUUCGGUUGAUGGAUCCGCGUUGCCUGCAAGCUCAGUGGUGAUUAUUUCACGGCCCAUGGUUACUGCCACGUCCAGUCUUCCAAAUACAGCCGUCACCACUGUUGCUGAAGGACAUUCCGUACCGCUUUCGACGUCUCUAACAACCACCGUCCUUUCUCCCUCCAUUACCACACACCGCCUUCGCUCAUCUCGUCAAACUGUUCAACUUUCACAGACACCCAGCAAAUCCGUUGCAGGUCGCGGACGUGGUCGUGGACGUCGUCGCGUCUUCGUAGACGAUGGUACCGGCGAUCCUGCAGCAUCAUCAACAGGGGUAGAAAGCACAGGAGGGGCAUUUGAAUCGUCUGUAUCCUCCACCUCCAUACGAGCAAUCGCAGAAGAGGCUGCAGAAGACGAGGAGAACAAUGAUGAUGACGAUGAGGAGGAGGAGGAGGAGGACGAAGAAGAGGAAGGGGAGGAAGAAGAUGACGACGACGAUGACUGGACGCCAGGAGCUUCCACCUCGAUCACCACUCCAAACUCGGCACGUCGAAGAUCUGCUGCCACGGCGUCAACGACCAGACGCAGACCGUUGAAUGCGAGCAGUGUGGAGAGCUCUCGAAUUGCACACACUUCUGGACCAACGACGGUCAUUGUUAGACGCAUAGAAACCACCCGCCAUCGGGUCACCUUUGGCAUCCUGCAUCUUCCUCAGAGUUGUAUUAACUGGCAUCCAGGUCUGGUAGACUGA